GCAACGUACAGCUAGUACCGGCAAUAAACAGCAUGUAAGAGCAAUUACUAACAAUACCAGUACAAAAAUUAUCAGUAAUAACUGUUAAGUCUUGGUAAGAAAUGGCAAGUAAUUGCAAUUACUGGCAUAUACCAACAAGUGCCUAAUAGAACUUGCCACGAACCAUCAGAUUACUUCAAAAUGAUGCCCCGAACCUGCCAAUUACUGAAAAGUUUUAGUCAUUACCAGCAAAUUUUCUGAUAUCAUGGAGGAUGAUGCCAAAAACUUAUGAACACUCAAGCAGGUGUUAUUAUUUGUUCGUUGGUCUUGGCUUCUUUAUAACUUUGUCUCGAUUGCAGACGAUGAAUCGUAGGGUUUUCGUUUAGGUGUUAUAGAGAUCAUCCAACUGUCGUCAAAUAAGGCGAAUAUAGCAGAUGCAUACUAAUGGUUGAUAUUACAAAAAAAAAUUUAAAUUCACGAUUGCUAUCAUGAUUUAGGUGGGGUAGCUGUGAUAACUGAGGCGUUACCUAGGGUGUGGAAUUUGUCAUGGGUUCAGUUCUGUCCAAAUGGCAGGCUUUAUGCAGUUCAUGACCUAGUGGUUUGGGGCUGAAUAAACACUUCGAGAUCCCUUUGCCUUAAGCGUAUGUGAAUAACAUGUGAUAUAAGAAAUUUUACAUUAAAUUAGGAUAAUAAUGAUUACUGCACUGUGCUUGUUUUCAAAUACAUAAAUAUUUGCAGAAUGUAAAUUGACUUUUGCUUUUAUGACUAUUAGAAAUGAAACCAAACCUAGACCAACAAAACCUAAACAUACAGGAAAAUAGAACAUAUGUAUAUCUAGGAAGUAACUGGCAUAUCAGCAGUCCCAAAUAACUUGGAAGAAAGGCAAAACUGAAAACAACAGUCACAAAAAGCCACACUUUAAGAAAAUAUACUUUUAAGUUAAAAAAUAAUAUCUUAAUAUAAUAAAUUUGUUAAAAAUAACACCUGUAUUAAAUCUACAAAACAAACGUCAUAUAAAGAUACAGCAAUGAGAAGCAGACUAUAUACACACGGAAAACAAAAUAAGAAGAAAAAGUGACAGAAAAAACAAACGUGAAAGUUACUUUCUUGUGACUACAUUAAGUCCAUAUUAAAUCAGAAGCUAUACCGCGUACAAAAAGUUACAAAGAUGUCGGAGUUCGUGACGGUGGACAUCCCCCAGGGCAGACUGCGGGGCAAGAGAGUCACCUCCGAUGCCACUGGAGUCAGCUACUACAGCUUCCAGGGCAUUCCUUAUGCCAAGCCUCCAGUGGGACCGCUCAGGUUCAAGCCUCCCGAGGACCCAGAGCCCUGGACCGGAACCAGAGAUGCCCUGGCAGAAGGGCCUAUCUGCGUGCAGGGCGACAUGUUCUCCGGCGAGUUGGUAGGGGACGAGGACUGCCUGUUCUUAAACGUGUACACGCCACAGUUGGCUACGAGGUCGCCCAAGCCGGUGAUGGUGUGGAUCCAUGGCGGGAAGUUCAGUAUGGGUUCGGGAAACACGAAUCUUUUCGGUCCGGACUUCCUGGUGGCUGAAGAAGUCGUCCUCGUCACAAUCAACUACCGUCUUGGAGCUUUAGGUUUCCUGUACCUGGAGGGCUGUGACGUCACCGGGAACAACGGGCUGAGGGACCAGGUGAUGGCCUUGAAGUGGGUGAGGGACAACAUCGCCCAGUUCGGGGGAGACCCCGGCAAUGUGACCAUCUUCGGGGAGAGUGCAGGAGGCGCUAGUGUGCACUACCUGACACUGUCACCGCUAGCCUCUGGACUGUUCCACCGGGCCAUCGCGCAGAGCGGCUCCGUGUUCAUCGGCGGCUGCAACGUGCCGGUGGGAGCGGCCAAUCAGAGAGCCCGCCGCCUCGCCAGGGCGCUGGGCUGCCGCUCCGAGGACCCGCGGCAGGUAGCGGCCUGCCUGCGCUCCGUGCCGGCCGAGCAGCUCGUGGCGGACAAGGCCAAGGCUCGAGACAACCAGGAGCUGCACGGAGCGAUACUCGACCAGUUCUUCCCCAGCCACGAGACUGGUCCAGAGGCCUUCCUGCCAGACUCCCCCAGACGGCUGCUGGAGAGCGGUCUCUUCAGCAAGGUGCCCUUCAUCACAGGAGUCACUUCGGCCGAGGGGAAGGUCAAGUUGUUCGAUUCAUCUUAUCGUUUGAAGUUCCCUGAAAUAGACCAGAACUUCACGUCAGUGCUGCCAAUGGAACUGUCUGACAAUCUCGAUGUAGAAACAUGCAACGAAAUAGCUAAUGUUGUCAAGAAAUUCUACUUCGGCGAGAAGCACUUGUGUGAAGAUACAGUUGCCGAGUUUAUUGAGACGCAGGUUCCAAGUAAGGCCUCGACGCUGAAGGAAGGUGGGGAGCGUGGCUAUUGCGCAGAUGCAGUCGGACGUGGAGUUCGUGUUCGCGGCCCACGAGACGCUGCAGCUGCACGCCAGGUGGUCGCAGCUGCCCGUCUUCGCCUACCUGUUCGACCACGAGCCCGCGCCUGGGUCCGGCUUCCUGCACACUGUCGUCGAGGACGUCCCAGGGGUGCCUCACGCCGGGGAACUGCCCUUCUUGUUCCGAGGCUCGGAGUACCGCGACUUCCCGCCAGGGGCGCCCGACGCGGCGACGAGGGGAAGCAUGGUCAAGCUGUGGACGCAGUUCGCCAAGACAGGGAAUCCUUCAAGCGACGCGGUCCAAGUUACUUGGAUUCCAGCCACAAAAGAAAAGCUCAGCUACUUGAAGAUAAACGGAGGUUUCAAAAUGGAGACCGACAUGUUCAAGCGAAGAACGCAGUUCUGGGAAAAAUUAUAUGAAAAAUAUUUGCCUCGCAAAAAUUAGCAACAAUAAAAUAAAUAAAAUGUCA